CUUUGGAGUCUUCACGAGGGUGAACGAGUGGGUAUACGUGAGCAGUUUGGGGCGGCAGAGAGCUUCUCUGCUGCCUCCGGGCGACAUGGGUUGGCCUUUGGUCGGCCAGAUGUGGGCCUUCUUCGUGGCUUUCAAGUUCGGCCGUCCCGAUUCCUUCUUGGCUAGCUUCAUCUCCAGGUAUGGGCGUACAGGCAUAUACAAGACCUUCAUCUUUGGUGGUCCAAGCAUCAUUGUGUGCACUCCAGAAACAUGCAAGCGUGUGCUAACGGAUGACCAACUAUGCAUUCCUGGCUACCCAAAAGCUACCUUAAAGCUAAUGGGCAACAGAUCAUUCCAUGGCAUCUCACCUGCCGAGCACAAGCGGCUGCGACGGUUGACGGCCUCCCCGAUCAACGGCCUUGAGGCGCUCACUCUCUUCGUGGGCAAGAUCGAGAAUAUUUUGGCCCCUUCCAUGGAGAAAUGGGCCGAGUCCGGGCAGCCUGUCGAGCUCAUGACGGAGAUGAACAAGGUGACAUACACGGUCAUCACAAACAUCUUGUUCGGCGUGAACGUCGAUUACGACGUACAGAUGAUGGAGAGGUUAUUCUACGACUUGGCUCAAGGAUUGAUAUCAAUACCCAUCAACCUCCCUGGACGUACUUUUCACAAAGCACUCAAGGCAAGAAGAAAAUUGGUUAAGAUCCUUCAAGCCAAUUUGGAUAAGAGGAGGAGGCUGAAAAAUAAGAAAGAGCAGGCAACUGAGGAAAAGGAUGUGUUGGAUUUAUUAAUGGAAGUGGAAGAUGAGGAUGGUGAGAGAUUGGAUGAGGAGGUCAUUAUUGACGUUUCUCUCAUGUUCUUGCUUGCUGACCAUGAAACCUCAGCUCAUGCCACGAUGUGGGCUGCCAUCUUCCUCAAAGAACAUCCUGAAAUCCUCCAAAAACUGAAGAAAGAGCAAGAGGAGAUUAUUAGGAGGAGACCACCUACACAGAAAGGACUGACUCUCAAGGAGAUUAGACAAAUGGAUUAUCUGUCCAAGGUGGUUGAUGAAACGCUCCGAAGAGGCAAUAUCUCGUUCGCAGUGUUUCGAGAGGCAACAACAGCUGAUGUGAACAUCAAUGGCUAUCUUGUACCGAAAGGUUGGAGAAUAGUAGUUUAUUUAAGGGAAAUUCAUGUCGAUCCCGAGACCUAUGCGAAACUGGAAGAAUUCGACCCCUCAAGAUGGGAACAAACUGUCAAGGCAAAAGGAGGAACUUUCCUCCCCUUUGGAGGGGGAAACAAAUUGUGCCCUGGAAUGGACUUGGCAAAGCUUGAAAUGUCCAUUUUUCUCCAUCGUUUUGUACUUCACUACGAUAUGGAAAGGCUCAACCCAAAUAGCCCAAUGGUGUACCUACCAGGACCAAGGCCUUCUGACCAUUGCCUUGUAAAAUUCACAAAGAAACAUUAGACGAUUUGCAUGAUGUUAUUAUUAUAUAGUCUGUCAUUCUCUCCUCAAACUGAACACCUUUCAUUUUGUACUCCAGCUUGUUGGCCAAUUUGGGAUUCCACGAAAGAUCGUGUUUAUUUGAGCUCGAAGAAAAAUAGAUUAUGGUCAUUUGCAUGUGAUGUUGAUUGGAGAAACUUCUUUCAUCAUCUUCAUGAAAUGAGCUUCUUUUUCACCUCUUUUAAGUUAUCAGAAAAAUCGCCAUGCUUCGAUCUUAAUCGAUCUUUCCGGUAGAUUUAAUCUUCUUGUACUAGCCCGUCAAACGAGGAGGAUCAACAGCCUACAAAAAGAAACUAUGAAAAUCGAAGAACUGUCCUACAAACAGAUUAAGAUGGUUCAAUAGAUUUUAUUAAAUUAGCAACGAGAGAGGAGUAAGUUCUAACAAUUCUAGGGGUUGAUGAUAGUUGUAAGUACUGUUAGUCCAUUGAUUUUCUUGGUUCUCUUUCUUCCAAAUUUGUAUUCCAUUGAUGGACUGCAGUCUUGAAUAUGCUGAUGGUAUGAGAGGAUACAGUACAACCUAUAUAUAUACGCAACCAUAUGCGUAUAUUCUAAGAACAAGCUCAAGACAACAUACUUCAUCGGAGAAUAGAUGACAAUAUAUCUCUGUGGAGAUGCUGAUGAUAG